AUGAUCAUCACAGAGGAUGAUGAGAAGGAGAUUGCUCAGCUCAAGGUAAGAUUGAGCAAAGAAUUCGAAGUGAAGGAUCGGAUGAUGAGAAGGAGAUUGCUCAGCUCAAGGAUAGAGAUAUCUCAUGGAUCUAAGGGGAUUGUUCUCUCCCAGAGGAAGUAUGCACUGGAUCUUCUUUCAGAGACGGGGAUGUUGGGGUGCAAGCCUGCUGCUACACCGAUUGAUCAGAGCUUCAGACUGAGUGCUGAGGCAGGAGAACCUGUUGAUCGUGAGAGAUAUCAGAGAUUGGUGGGCAGGUUGAUCUAUCUGAGUCACAAACGUCCAGACAUCUCAUUUGCGGUAAGCGUAAUGAGCCGCUACAUGCAUGACCCGAGAAAGGGUCACAUGGAUGCAGUAUAUCAGAUACUAAGGUAUAUGAAGGGUGCCCCUGGUAAAGGACUAAGAUUCAAGAGGAGUGGCCAUGUGAACAUUGAGGGCUACUGUGACUCAGAUUGA